CACGUGGCCAUAUUGGCGCUGGUGGUGGUGGCGGGCGGGCGUCUCCGCUCACAUGACCCCGUGUUGUGUCCGCGUGAUCAACGCCGCGAGGAGGAACGCGAUUCAAAAGCCCGGCCCGGGCCGGGGCCGCGCGGGACGGGGCCGCCUACCCCCGUGGCUCGCCGCUAACAACAACAACGCCGCCGCUGCCGCCUCCUCCUCCUCCUCUCUUCCACCGCCUCUGUGACCGCGACCAGCGGCAGUCCUUCUUCUCCCCUCCAAGCAUCCCCGACCACCAGCCUUCUCACCGAGCUUGGCGCGACAGACGCGCGCCGCGGUGCUGGCUUGCGCGUUAGCCCGCGUGCGCUUCUCUCUACCCCCGACCCCGACCCACGGACUCGGCCUCACCUUGCUCCCGUCUCACCUGGCCUCGUCUUACCCCCGACCUGGCCCUCUUUUUACCCUCACCUCGGCUUCCCCUUUCCCCCCCCUGAUUGCCCGUCGCCGGCUUUCACCUGACCUGCCUUGAGGGAUUACAUUUGGCCUGACAUAAUUUACCCAGUGACCUAAUUUACUCCGGCCUCGUUCGCUUUGUGACGUUUGUGCUUUGCUGUCUGACCUCCUCCCCCCCCACAACCACCCCUGCUAACCUUGUUCUGCUCGACACAGUCUCGGCUGCUGUGACCCUGUCAAGUCACCCUUGCCCGCCGCUACUUACCCCUGACUAACCUCAACCCGCUCUAUUUUUUCUUACCCCGCUCUCCCUUCCCCCCCCCACCAAACCUAUAAGCUCUAUAAAUUUACCCCACUGUAACCCUAUCCCCGUUCUUCGCCGUCCUUUAAAACGCCAAUCCCGAACCCGACGUCGCCCGUCGCGACUCGGGCCUUGCCCGGCCCCGACUCGCGCGGCCCCGACUCGGCUACCGGCCGCCUGCCCGGCCCGGGACCUUCUCCCCUAGCCCGCCUCAGGGCCACCAAAUUCGUCGCUACCCGCACCGUCACCUCGACCCGGACCUCGGGAGUACUUUACUCGGGGCCCUCCUGUCAGCAGGGCCCAACCCGCAGCACCGGCCUCGCCUGGACGCCCUACCCGGCACACGCGGGCUACGUGCCCGGCUUGUCUACCCCCUACCCUUACACCUCUCGCUAUCACAACAACAAAAAACUCCUCCAACCCUCCCUUAACCGACCCUAACCGGGCCCGGCGCGGCCCGGCGCCGUUAGACCGGGCCUUCUCCUUUUCAAAGUCGAUAUUUGCCGGGGCUCCGGAGCCGCAUGGAGAUGUUGGAGCAAGGCAUGGAGGCGAGCGGUCAGGAGAAAAGUCACGACGGAGACGAAGGAUCUUUGCAAAUGCAGGAGGGAGACGGAUCGGGCGCCGACGAUCAUACGGCUGUGGCGAUCGCGAGUGUGCAACAGGCCACUGCGUUCAACGACCCCAGCAUACAGUACCAGUUCCGCACUGAGAGCAGCGAUGGCCAGGUGACGUACCGUGUGGUGCAGGUAGACAGCCAAGGGGAGGGCCAGACGACGGCCGUGAUCCAGAGUCCCUUCGGUGGAGCCGGCAGCCCAGCCUCCGAUGGCCAAUUCUACGUGAUGAUGGCACCGCAGGAUGUUCUGCAGGGAGGGGCUCAAAGACCCAUCGCUCCCCGUACUCACCCAUACACCCCGAAGCUCGAGGGGCCACGCACACCCAGGGAUGAGCGGCGGCGAGCGCAACACAAUGAAGUGGAGAGGCGAAGAAGAGACAAAAUCAAUAACUGGAUCGUAGAACUUUCCAAGUACAUCCCUGAUUGCGCCAAUGACCACACGAAGUCCGUACAGAGCAAGGGUGGAGUCCUGUCAAAGGCGUGCGAGUACAUACAAGAGCUGCGGCAGACGAACCAGCGCAUGGAGGAGGAGCUCAAGGAGGCCGAGAGGACUCAGUUGGAGCACGAGCUGCUGAUGCAACAGUUCGAGGAGCUGAAGAAUGAGAGCGCCUUGCUACGAACCCAGCUGCAGCAGCACGGCAUCGAGGUGGUGGGCUCUGUGCCAGGGCAGUGAUGCGCACAGCCAGCCCCAGCCUGCGGUCCAUCCAGUCGCAUCCCGUGGGCCUACCCUGCGGAAGCAGCAUAGGAGAAGCGCAAGCUGCCCCCUGAAUUGUACAACAGCUCAAGGGGAAGACUUUCUUUCGUGCGCCGUUUGUCCUCUAACUCGGGCGAGGGCUCCUCGGGCCUUGCUGGUGGAUCACGGAUGUCCAGAACGUCCCAACACCAUUCUUCUUCUGCAUCGUCGUGUUCUGCCAUGCUGCGACGCAAUUUGCGUGGAUAUCCUUAAAACAUUUUUUUGAGUUCUUUUUUUUUCAAAGAUUUCAUUUAAAGAUGUUAAGGGUUCAGCGGAAGGUGGUUCAGAGACGCAAGCAUUUGUUGGGCAUCCUGUGCACUGACAGUGAUGGGCGGAGGCUGGUAAUUAUAUAUUGUCAAUGAAAUUUUUUAAAGUAGCUUGUAUUUUUUGCUUUAUUGUGGAAUAUUUUAAGUCCAUAUCUGUUUAAGAUGUGUUUAUUUUUUAUUUUAUAUUGUAAAAGUAGUUUCCAGUCACAAUUGGAAUUAUUAAUGACCUUUCACACUCGUACAUUAAUUUCAUUUUCUCCGUUGAAUAUAAUAUGUAGUCUCGUCUUACUUCAGGUUUAUUUACCGAGAUUAGCCCAGUUGGCUUGCGUACGGUGCGAAAUAAGUUCGACAUACAUAACACACGUGCAUUUCGCACUUUGUAUUAACUGAGCGUGGUUGUGUACAAAGGAUUGACAAAUGCCUUUUUUUUUCCUUCUGAAGGAUGUAUGCUUGCAUGCCCUGCGUUUGCUAAAACAAAUUACACUUGUUCCAUGUUCAAUUAGCAUUGCUUUAAUAAAAUAAAAUAUAUAUAUAAUACUUUUUGAACAUGUUCUUGUGUCUAAAUUGAUUUCUGUAGCCCACCCCCAUGUGAGUCAAUUGAAGAGGCACCGACACAAUCCACAAGGGCAGGCCAUGCUCACCCUGCUUUAGCCCAAAUCUCAAAAUGAAAAAAUUAAUGGCUGUGCUGUAAAAAUCCCCAUUUUAAAACAUUUGUUUGUCAAAGUCUGCCUUCCAAACACGAUCGCGAGACACCACGUGGUUGAAUAAAAGCGUUCAGCAGUACUGGA